ACCAACCAGGAUAUCCCAUGCAGAGUGAUUGUCGAGCUGACACAAGUUCACUCCUUCGUAAGCCCAACUGCCAGUCGGAGCGAUGUGGAGCACCCCCUCCGAUGGCCCAAAUGCCCAACUGAAGGCACCGGCCCUCCGAAGGAAUCCCGAUUGGAUUCGCAUCGCCCACCAAAUGAUCCGGGAAUGAACCAGCGAUGAUCGUGACAGGGAUGGGCAAUAUUAGGUGGCUGCAUUCUCCAGAGCCAACUGGGGCUGUAUCUACACAGAAAUACAGGAGAUAUUGACCUGAACCCGCCAUCGGGCAUUGCAUCCAGACUCCCCAUCAACAAUGGGCUCCUUCUUCAGCAUUCUUUCCCUCUUCGCGCGAGCCCCGGACCCCCUGCAGGUCGAAGCGCAGAUUCUCCGGACGGACGCCCUGGCCGCCAAAUACCAGGAAGAGCGAGCGAAGCGUCUCCGGACGGAUGGCGUCGCCCAAUUCCAAGAAACCGAGGGCAUCUACCGCCCCUUCCAAGACGACCCCUGGGCCCCGCCCCUGCAACGCGAGCCGAUCGAGUGCGAAACGACGGUGCUGAUUGUCGGCGGGGGAUACGGCGGGCUGGUGACCGCGGUGAAUCUCUGCAAGCAGGGGGUCGAGGACUUUUGGAUCAUUGAAAAAGGCGCCGACUUUGGGGGCACCUGGUACUGGAACCAGUAUCCUGGCGUCACCUGCGACGUUGAAUCGACCUUGUAUCUCCCCUUCCUCGAAGAGACGGGAUACAUCCCCCAGGAGCGAUUCGCCUCCGGACCCGAGAUCCGGGGGCAGGUUGCCCGCAUCGUCGCGAAAUGGAAGCUCGCGGCCAAGACGCAUCUGCAGACGGAGAUCACCGCGAUGCGAUGGGACGAGUGUCGCGGCCAGUGGCUCACGAGGACCACCCACGACGAUCAUUUCAGCUCCCGCUUUGUCGUCCUCGCCACCGGCACGCUGCACAAACCCAAACUCCCCGGACUGCGCGGCAUCGAGGGCUUCCAGCGCGACCACUUCCACAGCGGGCGCUGGAACUACGCGGUCACCGGGGGGGAUACGACGGGGAAGAUGACGCAGCUGGCGAGCAAGACGGUGGGGAUCAUCGGCACCGGCGCGUCCGGCGUGCAGCUGGUGCCGAAGCUGGCCCAGGAUGCAAAGAAGCUGUACGUCUUCCAGCGCACCCCCUCCUCGGUCGCGGUGCGACACACCCGUCCGCCGGAUCCCGCCGUGAUUGCUGCCCUGCCGCCGGGGUGGCAGCGCGCGCAGAUGAAUCGCUUCGCCGAGAUCCUGCAAGGGACGGUGGUCGACGAGGAUGUGGAGUGCUCGGGGACGGAGGGCUUGGAUGCGCUGACCAUGCGGGAGAUCCACGCGGAAGCUGCACGCUUGGGAGUGGACUUGCAGACGCACCCGAACAAGCUGGGGGAGGUGUAUCAACUUGUGGACUUCCGGCUGAUGGAGAACCUCCGUACGUUGGUCGCGGAGACGGUGCAGGACCAGGCGACCGCGGAGAAAUUGAAGCCCUGGUAUGCCUUCAUGUGCAAGCGGCCCGCCUUCAACAACGAGUAUCUGGCGGCCUUUAAUCGGCCCAACGUGGAGUUGGUGGACACGAAUGGCCAAGGGGUGUCGCAUCUCACGGCCACGGGGGUGGUGGCCAACGGCCGGGAGUAUCCCGUCGACCUCCUGGUCUACUCCACCGGAUUCGAGUUCGAGGUGGGAUCGAACUUCCAUCGACGGACGGGGAUCCAUCUCGUCGGCGCCAAGGGCCAGACCCUGGAUGAGAAGUGGGCGAGCAACCCCGGUGGGGGGCCGUCCACCCUGUUUGGCAUUCAUAUCCGGGAUUUUCCCAACCUGUUCACCAUCGACCCGGCCCAGGCCGGGGUUACGGCUAACCAGCUCCACAAUAUCUAUAUCGCCGCCGAGCACAUUGCCCCGGUGGUCAGGACCUGUCUCCAGACACCGGGGCUCAGCAUUAUCGAGCCCACGGAGGAAGCCGAGGAGGAAUGGGGGAAGCAGAUCGAGGCGGGGCGGGAGAUGCGGUUGGCUUUCGCUCAGAAAUGCCCCCCGGGAUAUUACAAUAAGGAAGGCAAGCCGGAAGAGAUCCCGGCGCGAUGGGGAGUCUACCCGCCGGGCAUCGUGGCAUGGGAGAAGGUGCUGAGGGAGUGGAGAGAAGAAGGGACGAUGAAGGGAAUGGAGCGACGAUGAGAAUUGCUACGUAGGUAGUCUAUAUGCCGCAUGAUAGCUCCGCACAGAACGGUCAGUGCACUCGCUUGGUUAAGCAAUAAUAGUUCCAUGUCUGCUCGUCGAACAGAUGGAGCGAGCCUUGCUAUGAUGAUAAUGAUGGUACAGUACCUCAUAGAUCGCCGAAGUCCGGACCAGCCACUCGGAGUGUGGAC